AUGCAGCCGUUCGACAUUGAUUCUUUAAUUGGCGACGAGAAUCGCAAAAAAUCGCUGCCGACACUCGCCGACAUUGUUCAGGCGCAUCAGUCGAUUCGACCGCGUUCCGACUAUGAUGAUCCGCAUGUUUCGACGCCAUCAUCGCGCCACACACCAUACGAUAAUCGCGAUGAUAGCCAAAUGCGUCGCUAUCGGACGGCGUUCUCGCGCGAGCAAAUCGGACGGCUCGAACGCGAAUUCGCCAAAGAGAACUAUGUGAGCCGAAAGACGCGCGGCGAGCUCGCCAACGAGCUCAAUUUGCCCGAGGGCACCAUCAAGGUCUGGUUUCAGAAUCGACGAAUGAAGGACAAACGGCAGCGGAUCGCGUGGCCGUUUCCGACGCAAAUGGCCGCUUAUAUGUUGAACCCGUUCGCGUAUGAGAUGUGGAUGAAGACGGCGGCGAGCCAAUUCGCCAAUUAUUCGCCAAACGCCGCCACCUCGCCCAAUGGGGCGCCGGGCGUUCCGCCACACCUGGUUUCGCCAAUGCCUCCACCAAUCCCCGGCUUUCCUCAAUUCGCGCCGACACCAAUUCCUCAACAUCCUCGCAAAGACGACGGCGAGGAUGACGAGGAAGUGGUGGAGGAGGAGGAGGAGGAAGAGGAGGAGAAGCCGCUCAACUUCUCAUCGACGACGCCGUCGAGUUCGGUCUCGCCGCGAAACUCGCCGAAUCGCGAUUGA